AGACAACACGAAAGAAUCGAAAUUAUGGUAUUAAGCUUUCAAGCAUAUCGCGCGUUUCUUCCACUUACCCCUUCUUCUUCUUCUUUCCUCAAAAUUUUCCCAUCGAUACAAUUAGGGUUCACUUCACUUUCUUCUUCUUCUCCAACCAAAUCUUUCACCAUCAUGGCGGCAUCCGAUCACUACACCUUUGGGCGGUACAAGAUUGAUCCCAAAGAAGUGUUCUACUCUACCACUCUCUCUUACGCCAUGGUCAACCUCCGUCCUCUUCUUCCUGGUCACGUGCUCGUCUCCCCAAAACGUGAAGUUCAGCGCUUUGCUGAUCUUACUGCUGAUGAGACUUGUGAUUUAUGGCUCGCAGCUCAGCGGGUUGGUCAUCAGCUAGAGUUGUACCAUAAAGCUUCAUCACUCACAUUCGCAAUUCAAGACGGCCCUCAGGCCGGGCAAACCGUACCCCAUGUUCACAUUCAUGUUCUCCCAAGGAAGGGUGGUGAUUUUGAGAAAAAUGAUGAGAUUUAUGAUGCUCUUGAUGAGAAGGAGAAAGAAUUAAAGCAACAUCUUGAUUUGGACAAGGAGAGGAAAGAUAGAAAUAUGGAAGAGAUGGCUGAAGAGGCAGAUCAGUACAGAAAGCUUUUGUUGUAACUUCCUUUUCUUUUCUUUUUGCACAAUUGGGUUGUAAUUUUAUGACAUCAUAACGUAUUGAAAAAUUAACUCAUCAUAUGAAAGUCAUGGAUUGCUUGAGUAGAGCUUAAUUUUAUAACUUUGUUAUUAAUUCAUGGGUAAAUUACAAAAUUUACUUUGGA